GAACUUUUAUGAUUCUCAAUCGACCAUAUAUCGAUUAAAAAAAUGAAAAUGAUUCUUUAAAUAUCAUAUUCCGUCCAAUCGUGUGUAAAUAGCUAAUAUUUAUUAAAUUUAGAAACGAAUAAAGAUUAAAGUAAACGAUUUCUAAUAUUUGAGAGGUGCUAUGUUCCCAAGGUGUCGUCCGAUUAAUACCCAUUGUUACAUUUUUUUAAAAAAUUUUUUAACAAUUAUAUAAUGACAGCCAUCUGUUCGAAAGCAACGGUCACUGAAAAAAAAAAAAAAGACUCCUCAAAGAGAUGGUAACCUAAUAGGAAAACAAAGAAAAAAAGAAAUUGUAAGAAAUCAAGCGGAAUAUACAUGUACUUUGCGGGCAGUUCACCAGCUGGAAUUUAUGCCCAUCUUGUCCUAGAUUAGAUUAGGUUACUAUACAUCUUCUUCAUAUGUGUGCAUAUACCUUUCUAUUUUUCUUUUUACACAUCCGAGCGUAUUGAGUUACAAAAAAGUUGCACGUGAACGAUGGAUUCGAUCGCUUUAAGAGAGAACACGCUGUUGGCGAUAGACUCGGUACCUCCCCAUGGCUUGGUCCAACCGCCGCCCUACAUUUCACCCCCCAAUUCCGACCAGUGUCGAAAGAAAGAGAGGAUCCAAGAGAUCUCGAACAACCCUCCCGCCCCCCACAAGAUUCAGAAUGAAAAGCAGCAAACUUGUGGACGACGAGCAUCGUCGGCCAAGAUUUACCAGGACCCUAGGCGGAACCUGUACGACGCGAACGAGCUGCUCGGCAAACCGGCGUUGGAUCGCAACGAUUUGCAACGCGUCAUUUGCGACCCUCGCCGUAUCGUGAACAUGAGGAACGCGAGGAAUCAGCAGUUCUACGCGCCACCAAAGGAUGCGAACCAACAAUUUUACACGUUACCCUCGAGAAGACCUCAGAGGGACAUCGUCGAGCCACCUCGUAGCGUCACACCGGAUAUCACGAGGGGUCUUGGACGAGGCUCCCUCGGCACGAUGCACGCGCUUGCGAGGCACAAGGCGAUGGUUGAGCAGGAUUCUAAUCGAUACGGCUCGCAGGCGGAGUUGAACAAGAGGAACUCGGAGGCGGAGAACAGGUUGAUGCAGAAUCACGAGCAGUCGUCGAUUGUGGAUAUCAGAAAUAGAUUCGCAACACCAUUAGGGCUGACAGCGCUUGGGUAUCGAUUCUUCGCGUCCUCGCCUGUUCGUGAUCCCGUUACGAAGUCUCCCAGUGCUGAUGCGUUAAAGUACAAUCCAAUUUCACCGAUCGGGCACGGAUACGGUAACAGUUUCAAGUCGUCGACGCCUACCGGCCGCAGUAUGCCAACUGUUGCCGAACGUCUGGCACUGACCGCCAACAACAAUUCCUCCUCCUCGAUGCCCAAUUCCGGAAGGAGCACCCCCGUCCAAACUUCGUCGGGAAGGAGCACGCCCACGAAUCUCAUCCUCUCGCCAACCAAGAGCACCAUGUCCAACGAGGAAUUGUUCGCGGCGAUCCACAAAUCGAAGAGAAGAUUGAACAUAAAGGACGAAAGCGAAAAUCUCUCCCCUUACGGAUCGACCAGCUCGUUGGUGAAGAACGAUUGGAGCACGGAAUUGCAGAAAUCCUCAGCGGUAACGCAGACGUCCAACCAACCGCCAUCACCAGCCACAUCUCGGCUCGACUUCAAACGGCUUCUCCUCCAGCAAAGCGUGAAGACGGGGCCGGCGAGGCUCUCGGCCGCCGAGCAACUGAAAUUGUCGCGGCAGCAGUGCCAGCAGCAGCAACAGCAGCAGCAACAAUCGUCGCCUGCCAGCGUCCAGCAAACACCGUCCCUGGCCAAAGUUCUGAGUCCCCGCUCCAUAUGGAGGUUUCAAACGCCCCGCACGGACGUGCUGUCGUCCACGAUAAUCGAGGACACGGCAGCCGAAGAGAAAGCGAUGAAACCGUCGCCCGAGAACGCCUCGCCCGUGUCGAGAGUGAACGCGAGGCGACAACUCGAUCUCUGCGACGAUCUACCCGACGAGGACUCGCGAGUCGACUCUAAACGUGCUCCUCCUCCCCGCGGAGGAAGCGACGAGAGGACGUUGACGAACGACGCGGAUCGCGACCCCUCGAAAUCAGAGAAGACGGCGGAGGAAGCAUUCGACGAAGGUCGCAACAGCCAAGGGGAAACGGAGAAUUGCGCGUCCACAGACAGUCUCGCGACAGCGAUCCCUUAUCCGGUGAAUUGCGGCCAGCUGACGCCCUCGUGCCAGCAAGCGAUAAGCGCCUUCGAGUCGAGGAGGAUCAGCAAUCAGCUGGCGAGGGCCCAGUUCUUGGCCGGCACGCCGACCGCUCAAGGAGCGGCAACCGCUUACGCGAAGACGAUUUUCCGCGCGAGGUCGGAGUCCCCUCAGAAUCCCUCGAUACAGAGCGUGGCGCGUAGCCCCAGCGUACCGACGUUGGAAACGGCUCUGUGAUGAUGAUGAUCCCUUCUCAUCUCUGUCAUUCUAUUCAUUGCGCGUGUCUUAUUGUACAGGGACCAGAUUGUCUGUCGUUUUUUUUUCAAUUAUCUUUUUGCGAGGAUUGUUCUGGGUAAGGAUAUAAGUAAUUGCCGGGUUAUCUUGAAUUGAAAUUUUUUAUUGGUGGAUGCUAGGUGUUGUUUGGCGUAGGAGGAGACGGAAACGGAUGAUUUCAAAUUUCUUUGAAUCGUUUUUCAAAGUUAAAAUAUUCUUGGUAACUUUCUUCUUAAUUUUAUUUUGAAUUGUAAUUUUUAAUUGAUGGAUGCUAGGUAUUUGAUGCUAUGCUAGGUAGGAGGAGAUUUUGAUAAAAGAGGAUGUAGGUAUCUAUAUCUAUAACGGAUGAUUCUGGAUUUCAAAUUUCCUUGGAUCAUUUUUCAAAGUUUUACUGAAACGUUGUGUCUGGUCCUCAAUAACUAACGCAUAGUGGAAAUUUUCUUACGAUUCAAAAUUAUUGAUUGAAAGUGUAGAAAUAACGUUGAACUUAAUAAUAGAUUCACGCAAAAGUUCAUCUUCUUUUUUUUUUUUUUAAAUAAUCUGAACUAAAAUUAGAAGUACGUUUUAAUUUUUUUUUAUUAUUUAAUACACUGGACGUGUUUGAUUCAUAUUCACAUUGAUUAGAGUUAUUUAAUUGCAAUAAGAAUCAUUGCGAAACGUAUGAACUUUUGCAUUGGCCUAAAUGCAAUAGAUGACAAUCGUUCGUUCGAUUAGAUAUUCAUUCCUUUAUUGGAUGAACUAGAAAAGGACAAUAAUUGAAACGCAUUACCACAAAGUCGCAGUAGUAUUAUACAGUAUUGGAUUGCUUCAUUGAUGCGGAAGUAGCAAAGUUGAACAGAUUUGCAUGGAAUCGAGUUUAAAAAAAUAUCACUGAUUCGCUGAAAUUUAUUAA